AUGGGUCAAGUGUCCGGGGAACUACACGCAGUGUCACUGCUGGCCAUGAAUCGCGUGAUGAAGUACAUUGUAAUUGUGCCGGUCGGCCAGCACCUGAUGGCCAAGGUGCUCUGCAACGUGAUACUCAUCAUUGCCGUGGGCCUUUCCUCAUUUUUGCGCUUCAGCUUCGACUACGAUUUCACCUAUGACUUCAUAAACGAUCACUUCUCGCGCGUGAUCGAUCUGACCAAUUACGUGAGUCUGAUAAUCAGCCACGUCAUCGUCGUAACGCAACUGGUCUGGCGAAAUCACUGCGCAGAGAUCGAUAGCCAGCUAGAGGGAAUCUGCCGAGUGAUGAAUGCGCAACUUGGCAGAAGGAUGAAUUUGGAUCGAGUUCGUGCCUACUGCAAUGCCGUUUAUGCAUCGCUUUUCAUCCGCUGCCUGGUUUUCUGCUCGAUAAACGUCUACAACAAUAAGGCCCUCACCUACUAUGCCCUCUACUCGGAAAUAGUUUUGCUCAUGCGCUUCUCCGAGUUCACUCUGUACUGUGCCGUGAUUCUGGCCCUCUACCAGGAGCUGAUCCUGGCUGGUUUGAACAUCCUGGCGGAGUUGGAGCGUUCGCGAUUUGAGCUGUGGUCUGUACGGCGAUUAUCUCUGGAGAAGUUGGCCAAGUUGCAGCGAAUCCACGGAUUACUUUGGCGAGCUAACCGUUGUUUGGAACGAAAUUUCCAGCUCUGCUUGAUCAUCCUGCUCAUGAAGUUCUUUUUUGACACAUCAGCGCUUCCCUAUUGGCUUUAUCUCAGCAAAAGGGUGCACUCGGAUGUAUCCAUUCAAUACUCUCCUGCCUUCUACUACUUUAGUUUUGAGUAUAGUUCCGAGUACAUCUACCAAGACGAACCGCUUUCGCUGAUCUUUGAUAUGAGCAUCUACGGGACCCUGAUAACAAUACAUAUCGUCAUCGUAAUAGAGAGGAUUUGGCGUAAUUCUCGUCAAGAAGUCGAUGGUCAACUGGAGGAAGUACUAAUAAGAAUUAACGAGCAACUAGGCAAGCAGGUGGACUUGCAGCGUGUUCGUAUCUACUGCAAUGCCGCCUAUGGAUCCCUAUUCAUCCGAUGCCUGAUUAUCGUCAUAUUCACCAUGUUUGCCGAAGAAAAAAUCAUCUACUAUUCCCUCUAUUCCGAAUUAGUUUUACUGGUGUCCUUCACCGAGUUCACUCUGUACUCUACAGUAAUUUUAUUCCUCUACCAGGAGCUCACCCUUGCCGUUUGCUGUGGCAAUCGAUCAGAAGCCUUGGAGGGUUACUUCACCGAAGCUUGA